AUGGCGAGAUGCAGCCGAGUAGAGGCGGUGAGCGCUGCCUCUGGAGUCGAUGUGUUCAAGCAGACCGAGACAAUCCUGCGGCAAACGCCUUGGGAGAGUCUCCUGCUGUCGCAACUUCGGCGCUUAAUCGCGGAAACGAAGGACGCCCAGAGACCAACUUUGCCUCCGCACUCCUCCCGCCGCGUAGGCCGAGAGCCGUGCGGAGACAGAAACGCAGCUGGACACGAAAGAGAGGCAACAUCCGAGGAAACCGUUGGCAACCGUCGACGGGCACCGCGCGGCACGCAUGCCAAUCGAGCGAGAGAAGGAGAGAACAGUAACGAAACUUCGGCUCACGCGGACCGAGGCGAGUCGGAUGCAGGCUGGGGGUCGCCAGGGAAUGAUAGCCGCGCGAAGCCUCAAGGGGUAAUGGAAAUAGGAAACGAAGGCGACUGCAAGCUAGCAGUGAUUGGAGGAUUUCCGCUUCGUCAACAAACCCUAGAAUUCGACAGCCCACAGAUCCGUAUGCUUCUUGAAGGCUCGCGAAACCUCGCUUCUGUACAGCCGGACGAUCACCCGGAUGCGAAUGCCUCCCGUCGCCCCUCUCCGCUUUCGUCUUCUGCAUCGCCUCGUCCUUUUGUUGCGUCCGCCCCCUCCGCGUCGCAUGCGGGCAGCGCGUCGCCGUCACCCGACAACUCCUCUGAUGCCGUUGCGCCGUCCGGAGGCCUUCUCUCGCCCUCCUCGGCGCGCCUAUUUGCGGGGCUUUCGCCUGCGGCCUCGGUGGCUUCCGCCGCGCCUUCUGAGUCUGGGCAAGUGCGCGGAAAGGGAGAAGGCACCGAACUCGAAUCGGUUGGAGCGCCAUCCAGUCUGCGUCCUGCGAGCGACCUGUCUGCCGAAAAAGUGAAGGAUGUUCACUCUGACGCAGGUCAUUCCCCGCUAGAUGACAGGUCUGCGCCCGUGUCGAUCUACGAAGUGGUCCCUGGCGCUCUUUUCCUGCCUGCGUACCUCUCAGUCUCCGAACAGCUCUGUCUCGCUUGCGAGUGCCUUUCUGUCUAUUCCAUGCCGCCUCAUGUCUGCAACCUCUGCAAUCUCAUCCACAGUUCCGCGGAACCCAGUGUCGCAGGAGCCUCGAGUUCCUCGUCGCACUUCAGCAGCGAACAAGCAGGGAGGGAGGCUCAGGCGUGCGCCGACGGCGCCCAGGGCGAGCAGACUGAGACGGCGGAGGCAGAAGGCGGCCGCGACGUAAUCUGUCGGCGUCGAGAGGGAGAAACGCCGAGCCAGGAGGCUGCGGCCUGCAGGCGUUUCGAUGGAAACCUCUCGCGCGCGUCGCUGUCACCAUUUCUGAAAAAACAACUGAGGUGGGUGACGCUAGGUCGGCAUUACGAUUGGACUAAGCGGUCGUAUGACGAGGAGACGAACGGGGUAGGCCGGUGCCCUUCGACUCGCCCCCUGCUCUCUUCGUUUCCUACUUCAGCGGGCGCCACUCCUGCGAUUUCUCCGUCCUUCGCGAAGCUGCCGGCGGCGCUCGAGAAGCUCUGCGACGAUAUUUUGCAGCUCUGCGAGCCUUACCUCGCUGACGCGCGAGAGGGAACCAGCAGACGUGUCAUGGAUGCCGCGAUUUUGAACGUGUAUCGGAGUGGAGACCGCUUGCGAGGUCACAAGGACGACGCGGAGCGAGCUGAAGAGCCGCUGGUAUCCAUCAGCAUCGGGCAGCCAGCCAUCUUCCUUCUUGGCGGCGACUCUAGACAGGUUGCCCCCAAGGCGCUCGUCCUUCGAUCUGGCGACGUGCUUGUCCUCUCUGGAGUUGCGCGCUGGGCCAUCCACGGUGUGCCGAAGCUUCUCUACUAUAACCCAGUGAUCAGUUUGCCGGCGCCGCGGCGAAGAAAGAAGCUGCGUGCGCAUGCGUCGACGAUGCAAGGAGGGAUGCGAAUGAGCACAGUCGGUCUUCAGACACAGAUGUACGAGUGGCGCUGCUCAGAAGACCGUCAGAGCUCUGAAGGCGUUGUAUGCGCCGCCAGAAAUCUUGUAGCAGCAGCUGGUCUGUCAGGCUUUGGAGAGUUACACGCCGAUAGCGGCAUGAGACUUCUUGCAACGUGCACUCGCAGAGGCGGACGCACAAAUUCUGGUAGUUCAAGCUGGCUGCAGCUUCUCGAGGUGUACCGGCGACAGACAGGCGAUUGCAGACACGACUCUGGUGAUAUUCGGAGUGGAACCGGUCUCAACGGACACGCUACGAGCACAUCCGACCAGACGGAACCGCUGGAAAAAAUCGUGGGUUCACAGACUGCCAACGACGUAGUCUCGUGGCUCGGCGAGUUGCGGCUAAAUCUGAGCUGCCGGUGUGACGAGAGCUAA